AUGUCCAAGCUAGGAGUGCCGACCCCUGACAAUCCAUUUGUCUUCGACUAUUCUGUGUCCCAGGAGAAGACUGAUUUGACGACUGUGAAUCCGGCUGCGACCAAGGCAAACCUUCCAACUCCUGACUCUCUUGUACCAAAGUCCUUCCAAUACAACCCAUCGCCCUUGAGUAGCUUUUUCCAAGGCACUCUGAAUUACCGCAUGCUCACACAUCGAACCAAAAAGCCACAUUAUCACAAGGAGAAUGUCCUUUCUCGAAUGAAGACAUGGGCAAUGUCCAGUUCUGCUUGGACUCUAAGGCUUGAAUAUGGCAGUUCUCUCGAGAUCAAACAUGAGAAUUUCUGCCCUCUCCGGAAUGUUGACGAUGACCUUAAACCAAGAUUGAAGUUUACUAUCGGCUCUUUUACAAAGUUCAAGAUCAAAAGCUACCGUAGAUUAGUCAACAGUCACGUUGGAGAUGCUUUUGAGAUGACCGGGAGAUUUUUGUUCACGGGCGAAAUCAAGGACUCUGAUUACAUGGGUGCGUUUACCUCCUGUGCGCGCAAAGAAACACUACUAAUCCGUGCUGAUUAG